AUGCUCUGGAACCUCUCUUGUCCAGCUGUGUCCCAGAAGUCUGCCGUGCAUGAGAUCAUCCUCAGCCAUCGCUUCCUCAUCGUGCGCGCCAAGGAGCUGCGCUGUGGCCGGGAGCAGAGCCGCCGCUUCUACCGAGAGCACGCGGGGCGGUUCUUCUAUCAGCGACUCGUGGAGUUCAUGGCCAGCGGCCCCAUGUGGGCUUAUAUCUUGGCUCAUGAAAAUGCUAUCGCCCUCUGGAGAUCCCUUAUGGGACCCACCAAAGUAUUUCGAGCCCGAAACUGUGUGCCGGACUCCAUCCGAGGAACUUAUGGCCUUACAGACACCAGGAACACCACGCAUGGCUCAGAUUCACCAGCAUCAGCCAGCAGAGAAAUUGCCUUCUUCUUCCCAGAGUUCAGUGAAGAGCUCUGGUACCAGCAAGAUGAGCCGCGUCUGCGCUGCGGGCAGGUGUAUUACAAUGCAAAGAAACGUGUCCACUGUGUGUUCAGGGAUGAAGAAACAGAGCUGUCCUGAAUUACC